AAAAUGAGGGCGAGGGAGGGGAGUUAAAAUGGCCGACGAGCCUCAGCGGAAGAAGAGGAAAGUCGUCUUAACGAAGCGGGGGACUCCUCUCCGAGUCUGUGGCCCCUCAGCGCCAGGAUGAGGCCCGGCGGCGGCGGCGGCGGCGGCGGGAUUAGCUUGAGUUUUGUGGCCGAGCAGCGGAUUCGGCAGCUGGAGCAGAAGCUGCGAGCUAAAGAAGAGAGAAUAAUUAUGCUGAAGACAGAAAAUGCUAUCCUCCACCUCAAGCUUGCAGAGAGUCAACAAACAAUUAGAAAUAUUUCAGCUAAUGAAUCAGAUCAUUUCACCUUUUGCAGAAAGCAGAACUUCUAUGCAAGUGCCAGGUCUGUGGUAAUCCAACUUUACAAAGCUAUACAGAGACUGAAACAAGACAUGAAGAAUCUUCGUUUGUCUGCCCUUCAGUUUUCAAGAGAUAUCCAACAUCAGGGCAAGAGCUUUUUUUACCAGAUUUUGUCGGCUAUCCAAAGGCUGCAGCUACAUAAUGAGACUAUUGAAAUAUUUCAGACUAAAGCCCUGGAACUUGAACAAUCUUUAUAUGAAGUCAGUGAGAGGUACCAGAAGGAAAAACAAAGGAGAAAAAUACUUCAUAAUAGUUUAGUUGAGCUAAGGGGCAACAUCAGAGUACACUGUAGGAUCCGUCCAAUGUUACCAUUUGAUACUGCUCCUGGAGAGUCAGUCUUAGAAGACAGGCAGAGAAACAUUUCAGAAAAAGUUGUGCGUGCAGCUGAUGAUGAAACUGUCAUUGUAAAAUGUAGCCGCCCAGGUCAUGCUUUGAUAAACAAGACAUUCCAGUACGAAAGAGUUUACAGUGCUGAUCAUUCACAAGUAGCAGUAUUUGCAGAUGUAUCCCCUUUAUUAACGUCUCUGCUGGAUGGGUACAAUGUGUGCAUUAUGGCUUACGGACAGACCGGGAGUGGGAAAACAUAUACAAUGUUGGGGCCCCAGCCAGAAGAGAAUGUUGCUCUUCCUGUGGAAGAAGAAUCAGAAUUGGGAAUUAUUCCUAGAGCCACUGAAGAAGUAUUCAGACUUCUUUCAGAAAAGCCACUAGGAAGCCGUUUGGUUGAAGUUUCUGUGGUUGAAGUGUAUAACAAUGAAGUGUUUGAUCUUCUGGCCAAAGACAACUUUGGAAGACCAAGUGGUGUCAAAAGAGACAUAAUCACUAAUAAAGAAGGAAAGAGUGAUGUCCCUCUUCUUACAUAUGAGCCUGUUGAAGAUGCUGAGGAGUUCCUAGAGAUAGUCAAUAAAGGUCUUCAGCUGAGAGUUAAGCACCCAACACUAGUACAUGCUCAUUCCUCUCGUUCUCAUCUUGUGGUAACCUUGACAGUAACGACAGUCCUUUCAGAGGAUGACUUUGGUACGUCUUAUUCAGGUGACCAUUCUAGUCAAAAACAGAGUAAAGAACAUUUAUUGACCUGUCCCCACUCAGUGAGAGAUGACACACCCUCCUUUCCUUCUAGAGCUUCUUCACCAGCAUCCUUUGUCAGUGAAUCGAUGGGAAAGCUGAAACAAAUGAGAACAAAACUUCAACUGGUUGAUUUGGCUGGCAGCGAAUGUGCUGGUAUGUCUGGUGUGACUGGCUCAGUCCUGAGAGAGACCUCCUUCAUUAAUCGCAGCUUGUCUGCUCUAGCAGAUGUACUUGGAGCAAUAUCAGAACAGCGCUCUCAUGUGCCAUAUCGAAACAGCAAACUUACACAUUUGCUUCAGGAUUCCAUUGGGGGUGAUGCAAAGUUGCUGUUGAUGUUGUGUGUCUCGCCCAGCCAGAAGUACAUAACAGAGUCACUACAAACCCUUGGAUUUGGUUCUCGUGCACGGCAAGUUCAGAGAGGGCAAGCCAAGAAAAGAAAUCCGCUGGCGCUAAGCAAAUCCAAAUAAGACAUAAAGACUCCUGUGGAUUGAAGCAUUAUUAAUGAGUUCCUCAAACUGAAAUGGAUCGUGUUGUCAUAAAAAUGUAAACUGCCAGUUAAAAUAAACAAUCCUCAGAAAA